AUGGGCAAAUCAAGGAAAUCAAAGGCGAAUGUUACUGCUUCUUCCAAGCUGACUGUCGAAGAGCAAGAGAGGAAAAGAUUCGAAGAAGCUCAGCAAAUCCUGAACGCAGCCAAUGCGGUCAACUGCGUCAAGAAGAUUGAAGAACUAGUUGUGUGCAAUGAGGCAAGAGUGGACUUUGAUAACCUGGCUAGACACGAGUUUGACAUCAGGGAUCAAGUCGAUCUGCAAGGUUGGUCUGGCUAUUUUAAUCGGCUUUGUGGCCCUAUCUAUUACAAACUAGUUGUGGAAUUCUGGAAGAAUGCUGUAUGCAACGACUACUACGUCGUUUCUCAUGUGUUGGAUAGAAAGAUUGUUAUCUCCGAGGAAUCCAUUGCAAAAUUGUUGGGAAUGGAGUUCCAACAGGGCAAGAGAAUCAAGAAUGUGGAUGCUAAUGUUCCUGACAUGAGGAAAUUAGUAAAUAAGGCUAUUUAUGAUAACUGGUCUUUGGAGAAGACAAAGCUGCUCUCAGAUAUUUUCACUCAGAACAAACUGGUCAAGACUCUGUCUGACCUAGGACUUCAUGAGGAUCUGGCUAUGUCCAUUGGAGAUGCUCUCGAUGGGACUAAGUUGAAGAGAACGCGGAUCAUUGACAAAGUUCAAGUUGAACCUGAAGAAGAAUCAUCUGAAGAGGUUCGUCAGAUGAACCACCCUGUUGAUGACUAUCCUCUCUGGUCUAAGAAGGAUAAUCCAGCAAGUAUUCUGGAAUAUGUGAGAAUGCUCAGAAGUGAAGGAGAUCCAAUCACUCUCGAGGAAUUUAUCAAAGGACUUCCUGAUAGUCCUCCUGAGAUGACAGCUGCAUCAAAAUCUGUGGUCAUCAGAGAACCAAUUCCAGAACCCUCUCUUGAAAGAACUCCAGUGCAGUCACCUCAGAAAUCUCAGUCUGAUAGCUCUGAGAGCUCUAUGGAUUCCUCCAUUGGAACUCAAGAAGAAGAAGAUGACACCAACAGAGGAGGAGUUGUUCACUCUAACUCUGAAGAAGGUUCACUCAGAAGGAAUGUCAAGAGAAAAGUUGUCAUGGAAGAAUCUUCUGGUGAGGAAACUGAAGAUGAUGACAUUCCCCUGAUCAAGAGGCAAAGAGUUCAGGUAACUCAAGUUGAGGAGGAAGUUGAGCAGGAUGAUAGUGAGAUUAUUGGGCAUGUGCUCCAAGUUAUAAGGGGAUCUUCAGAAGCUGAAGAAUCCACUGAUUCUGAUGAAGCGCCCAUAGCCAAGAGGAAGAAACUGCCUCUGAAGGGUCCACUUCAGAAGAAGGAGCCAGAACCAAAGCAAGCAUCUGAGAGUGCUUCAGAGGUACAAAGGGAAAGGAGAUCAAAGAUAGCUUCUGAUCCUGCAAGGACUGCCAGACUCACCAUAUCUACAACCCUCAGAGGUUCAAGUAAGGCACAUACUGAAAGCAUUAAUUUAGAUUUUGCGUUAGAAGUUAUUCCUGAACAACCUGUACCUAUAUCUACCUCCCUGCCAACCUCAAUCCAAACAGUUCCACCUCAAACAGAACCACACACACAAACCAUAUCUCAAGCCGAAACACAAGCUCCCCACUUAAACAUCCUAACUGCUACCACUUCCAUUCCAUCCAUCUCAAUCCAAAUCUCUUCCACAUCCACCACAACUGAGUCUAUACCUCACAUCAAUUCAUUCACUAAGGGUAUCGCUCAGAGUGAAGCCACCUUGAGGGACUUGGUUCAAAAAUUCACACCCAAGCCUUCAUCCACCUCAAGAACCUUUCUAAUAACUGAAUCUGGUGAGAUUCCUGCUGAGAAAGACGAUGGAGACGAGGAUGUUCAGAUUCUAGAACCUCCUUUCAAUGUGCAACCUAUCCAGCAAGUAGCCUCUUAUUUUGAAGAUCAGCUCACAGAUGCUGCUGUUGAGACCUCUUAUGUAUCCUUGUCUCACUACUCCACAGUGAACUCAAGAGAUCUGAGUUUCACCUCGCCUGAGAAGACAGCUACAUCCAAGCAAAGACAAGAGACCAUUCCUGAGAUUGAACGUAUGGAUGAAUCAGAUCAUUCUGGACAAGGGAAGGUUCAUGUGGAUGAAUCAGCACCUUCAGGGCAAAAUAGAACUGAGAGUUCUAAUGCAUCAAGCUCUAAUUCAACCAACACUCCUCAGCCAAUCAUGGAUUUGGCACCCUCCUUCAGACCACAAAGUCUUACUCAACUCAUUCAAGAGUUCUCUGAUGAAGCAACCAGAAGACUGCAAUGGCUAUAUCAGAGGCAGAGGGUGUUACACAGGGUUUGUGAACCCAUGAGAAGAGCAAUGGCUGCAAGAACACAUGUUGUCUCUGAACGUACCUCAGAAGAUGCUGAGAUGAUUCCAGCAGAGGUUGCAGAGGACAGUACUGAAGAGAUCAUCAUUCAUGAAGCUGCAGAGGUUGAUGAAGUUCAGAUGGAAGUACCUACUCAAGUUGAGGCAGAAGUUCAAGCACCUAUAGAUGUUCCUAUUCAAGCUCCAGAACCAGCUCCACAUCCGGAAGUUGCUCUCCUGGCUGCCAGAAUUGAUAGGAUACAAGAUGAUCAGCAGAGACUGUUUCAGAUGGUUGAGCAUCAAGGCAUCAUUCAGAGUGAACAAAGUCGGCAGAUUCAGGAAUCUUCAAGCAGAAUGGAGAACAUGAUGAAGUAUCUGAUCGAGAAUCUCCCAUCCUCAUCAAAGCCUUGA